AUGGACAACCAGCAGCUCUUUGGUUCCUCCUACGUGGACACGCCUUUCUUCGCGGCCAAUGGCACGGCGCAGCGGGAGAGCCAGCCGAAGGCUCGGCGCAGGCGGCGGAGGGCCGCGAGAUGCGGCGGAGGGGAUGGUAACGGCUGGGAGAUGGACGGAGGAGGGGACCCCAAGAAGCGGCGGCUCACCGAUGAGCAGGCGGAGAUGCUGGAGCUGAGCUUCCGGGAGGAACGCAAGCUGGAGACCGGCCGGAAGGUGUAUCUGGCCGCCGAGCUCGGGCUCGACCCCAAGCAGGUCGCCGUGUGGUUCCAGUACCGCCGGGCGCGCCACAAGAGCAAGACGCUCGAGCAGGAGUUCGCCAGGCUCAAGCACGCCCACGACGCAGCCAUCCUCCACAAAUGCCACCUCGAGAACGAGGUAAGCUUGCUCAUACACACUCACACUGGCGUACAUACAAAUUCCUCUUCGUUCUUGCACAAGCUGACUGCCAGCCAGGUGCUGAGGCUGAAGGAGAAGCUGAGAGCGACUGCGGAGGAGGUGCAGCGCCUCAGGUCGGCAGCUGGGAUCCACGCCGAUGGCGGAGACUCCGCUGGCGCCGUUAGCGUGUGCGGCGGGAGCCCGCGCUCAUCCUUCUCGACGGGAACCUGCCAGCAGCAUCCGGGUUUCAGCGGGGCAGACGUGCUGGGGCGGGACGAUGACCUGAUGAUGUGCGUCCCCGAGUGGUUUUUCGCAUGA